AUCAGGAAUUAUUGUAGUGCCUCUUAAGUGGAAUUUGGAAAAAAAGUGAAAAAUAAAAUAAAAUUUUAAAGCAUCUCUUUAUAAGUAAUUAAAAUAAGCAAGCGUAGCAAUGCAUAUUAAUGAAGUUUGAAAAUCGUAGUUAGUUGGUACUCUAUAAAAUCUGACGUUUAUGUUGGCGCUUUAAACGCUGCUUACAUAGACUGCUUAAACAAAGUGCUUUUCAAAAGAAAUCAUACAAAAAUCGCGUAAUUGCAGUAACAGUCAAGGUAAAUGGGUAGAAAUAAUAGACCAAAUAAAAUAAAGCAGCGCAUUUGACAACGCUGGAUGGCCAAAUACAAGCGCAGGCAAAAUCACUUCACAUUUUAAAGCGGAAACGGAAACUCAAUCAAUGCGUUACAAAAGUAUGCUCGGAGCGCUUAAAAUAAGCAACUUAAGUAGAAGUUGAAGUAAAGCAAAAAAUAAAAACAGAAACAAAUAAAUAACUAGCGAAAAUAAUGCUACAAACAAAGCAAAAAUAACAACAAAAUAAGGCAGAAAAGAGAAAUAAAGUUGCAGCAAGACGUGGCAAGCAAAUCAGAGUUGCAGAAAAAGAUUGAAAAUCACUAGACUUGCUGUUGUUUCUGUUUAAGCGAAGGAGGUGCAGCAUGCAGCACUGAGGACUAAGUGUAGCCAAGUAAGAGAAAAGUGGCAGCAACAAAAGCGCAACGGAAGUGAAAACGAUAAAAAAGUGCGGCGCAACGAAACAAAGAUCAAAAGCAACAAAAACGUGAAAACAACAAAGCUUCGAAAUAAUUGAUACUAAAAAAUCUUAAAAAUAAAGAAAUAACGAAGAAGGUAGAAAUCAAAAAAAGUUUAAAAAAUAAGAGCAACACACACACUAAGACGUCCGCAGCAGGAAUUAAACUAUAAAACAAAAUAAAUGUGCGCCGCCAACAACGAGAGCGUAAUUUGUAACGUAUUUCCGGUAUUGUAAGCAAAACAAGCAAAGCGUAAAAGCGUACAGCUGCUAGCUAGCGUGGGCGCCGGCGAGCGGGCAGCGCAGAAUCGUGCGAAAUAAUUGCAGCGCAAAGUUUAAGCGUAAACUGGAACAACAGAAUAAAUGGUAAUAAAUAAGUGCGCAACAAAACACAAAAAAGAAUCGCGAAACACAAAAAAAAUCGCAAAAAUAUACGAAAAAUUUAUUUCGAAAAAAAAAUAAUAUAAAUAAAGGAAAACAAAUUACAAAAAAAACUCUUAAAACUUAUAGCUUUUUAUAAAUAGUGAAAAAAGAACGUAAAAUAAAUGCUUAAGCAGAUCUUGAGAAAUAAAAGCAAAGUGCUGCUAGAAUAAUUUGGGAAAGUUUAUUCUUCUUCUUGAGCGCUUUUGAACUGCUCUACUACACAGACUGCUGUUUUUGUACUUCGUAUUUUUCGAGUAUUUUUCGUGCACAAAAAUCGUAUUAAGCAAUACAAGCGAGAAACAACUUUUUUAGGCCAGUAACGCUAGCAAAUACCAACAAAACAUAUGCCAAGCAACGUUAGCAUUUAUUUUCAACACUUUUAUUGGUGUUUGUUGCUGUGCGUGCGAAUUCUCGUGUGUAAAUCGGUUGUUACAUAAACUGCAGCAUUUAACAGUGAAGUGUUUGAAUCGAAAAUCGCACAAAAUAAAAGUGGAGAGUGAGUGCAAAGUGCUGUCGCGAGGAGCGUGUUGCUGUUGUUACUUGUUGAGCUGAUCUUAUUGCGCAGCGGGCACUUGAGGCGUGAGCAGAUUUGUGUGACUAUAUUCAGGUGCAUUUUCGGUGCAGGCCUUUGCUGCUGUUGUUGUGCAAAAGUACUACAAAGAUGUCAGCAUAAUUUUCGUGUCUCAGCAAAAUAAUUGGGGGCAUAAAGUGACCGUCGAGCGGUGACAGCUGCGCGAAAGAAAAAAAAAAUCGCUGAUAGUUUUUGCAUUAAGCCUUAACUGUGAAAAAAAGUGUUGCUAAAUUUUCGCGUUUUCAGUUUACGGUAAAAUAGCGGUAUAUACGGUUUCGGUUUCGCGUUUAAUUUCGCAUCGGUUACGGGUAAACUAAAAUUUUUUCGCAAUUUAAACGGUAAAAAUAAACAGACGACCAAAUGUUGGCCUUUCAUAACGAGCACAUUGCAAGUUGUGCCUUUUUAACUUACUUUAGCCCGGAGAGCACAACGACGGCUGCUAAUUCGCCAACAACGCCACAAGCAGCUGUGCUCAAUGAUAAAACGGCCUUAACUGGGAUGAACCGUGCUUUACAGCUCAAGCCAGCUGAAAGUGAAAGUCGAAGCGAGCAUUUAGAUCGCAAACUGUUCGUUGGUAUGCUAAGCAAGCAACAAACCGAAGAGGAUGUUAGACAAAUAUUCAGCCCUUUUGGCAGCAUAGAAGAGUGCACCAUAUUGCGUGGUCCGGAAGGCGCCAGCAAAGGUUGUGCUUUCGUCAAAUUUAGUUCGCAACAGGAGGCCCAGUCCGCCAUAACCAAUUUACACGGAAGUCAAACUAUGCCGGGUGCUUCCUCCAGUCUUGUUGUGAAAUUUGCCGAUACUGAGAAGGAGCGACAGAUACGACGUAUGCAACAAAUGGCGGGUCAUAUGAAUUUACUUAAUCCCUUUGUCUUUAAUCAAUUUGGACCAUAUGGAGCUUAUGCGCAGCAACAGCAAGCUGCUUUAAUGGCCGCCGCUGCCACUGCACCCGGCUCGUAUAUGAAUCCGAUGGCCGCAUUGGCAACGCAAAUACCUCAUGGCUUAAAUGGCACCGGUCAACCAUCGCUGCCCUCACCGACCAUGCCCAAUUUCAAUAUGGGCGCUCAAACGCCAAAUGGACAACCCGCUGCUGCUGCGGCCGCAGCAGCUGCCGCCGCCGCUGAUGGCGUCUUUACGAAUGGCAUUCCGCAAACGGCAUUCCCGGGACAUCCACUCCAUUUAACGAUUCCACCACAAGGUCUGCCUAAUGGUGAUGCUGCCGCCUUACAGCAUGCCUUCACUGGAAUGCCACCAUUUCCAGGAGUUGCCUUUCCCGCCGUUUAUGGACAAUUUCCACAAGCUUUACCACCACCUCUAGCGGCGGUUGCACCCACUCAACGUGAAGAUUUUCUGAUGUUCCCAGGAUGUUCGAUUUCGGGACCGGAGGGUUGUAAUCUAUUCAUAUAUCAUUUGCCGCAAGAGUUCGGCGAUGCGGAAUUGAUGCAGAUGUUCCUGCCAUUUGGUAAUGUGAUCAGUUCAAAGGUCUUCAUUGAUCGCGCUACAAAUCAGAGCAAAUGUUUUGGUUUUGUUUCAUUCGAUAAUCCUGCCAGCGCUCAAGCGGCCAUUCAGGCAAUGAAUGGUUUCCAGAUUGGCAUGAAAAGACUGAAAGUUCAACUGAAGCGGCCAAAGGAUGCCAGCCGACCCUAUUAACAAUCGGAGUUCCUUAAAGCGUUAAACAACAUUAACAAUUACAAACGAUUACUUCUUUCGAAAAUAAUGAUGAAACAGUAAUUCCAAGAGCAACAAAAAAAAUAUACACAAAUAUAUAACAAAAAAAAAAUCUAUUAUCAAAUAGAACAAAAAAAAUGAAGCAAAACUAAAAGUAAAAGCGCAGCAAGUAAACCUCUACAUACAACAACAGUCAGCAACAGCAACAAACAGCAGCAAAAGAAAGAAAAAGUCGCAGUAAAGUAGUCAAUAGAUUCCAAUUAACUGAAUACAAAUACUGAUCCCGCAAAAUAAAUUCACCAAGCAACAUAUGUGCAAGUUUACAAUAAUGAAUAUCCCAGUGCAAGCCCAUAGAAAUCAAACUACGUGCAAAAUUUAUAAGAUCAAAGAACAGUUUAUCAACAAACUCAAUGCCACUAAACCAGUUAAAAUGUCUUACCCGAUGAUGUAAAUCCAGCUUCCUAUCAACUAACCAGGCAAACCGAUCCAAAACCAAGCACAAGCUUUUACCGAAGCUCAACAACACACGCGAGCAAAUCUAAGCAUACAAGUGGAAUUCAAUUUUUUCGAAACGUCAAUGAAAAACAACAUGCCGAUAAAGUGUGUAAUAAAUAAUGUUAUUAAAAAUUUAAACAAAAAAAAUAUGCAUAAAUAUAUUUAUGUAUAUGCAAAAAUCCAAAAAAAAUAUAUAUAUUAUUAUUAUUAUCACAAAAUUUAGAAGAACUGAAAAUACCGCUAACGAAAAUGCGCGUACGAGUAGAAAAUAGCGAAUAAAGUGGAUGUCAAAGAGAAGUUGAACAAUUUUUGCCAAACCAAAAACAAAAUUAAGCAUACAAAAAAUAAUAUCGUAGUUAUAUAUACAACACACGCAUAUACAUUAUACACACAUAUAUCUAUAUAUAUAUACAUACAUAUAUAUAAAUAUAUUUAUUAAUUAACUUUAACGCAAGGCAAAAAACAACCGUAUAGGCAAACCAAAAACAAAACAAAACCAAAAAACAACCAACAAGUAAUUUAUUAAUUAUUAAACAAAAAUAUAUAGAUUUCUUUAAAUUUUCAAAAGCAUACAUUUGAAAGUUUACUAAUCAUUUUUUUAUGCACACGAUCACACUUUAGAGUUUGAUAUUCCAUUCAACUACAAAAACACUUUGCAUACAUAUGUACCAUAUAUACAUAUAUAUAGAUAUAUAUAUAUAUUGAAACAUACAUAACUACAACAAUAGUUGGAUAAAUUAACUAAUCAAUUACUUAAUUACCACUACAAUUAAUAUUAUCACACAAAUACAACAACAACUACAACUACAAAACAAAGCUGACUGCAAAAUAUAAACAAAGAACCGAAAAAACUGAACUGUUCUGGGUUUUCAAAAUACAAAAACAAAUAUAGACAAAACCGCAUCAAUAAAAUUAGAGCAAAUACCAAGUACUUAAAUUAAAAACUCAAAAGAAAUGCAAAAAAAAAUAAUAAUUUUUAUACAAAAUAAAAAAAAACUAAAAAAACCCAAAAAAUAAUAUAAUUAUAUACUUCAUUGAAAUAAUGCAAAUAAACGCAUACAAAAUAGUAAUAAUGCGUAAAGAUACAUUAUUAGUAAAAACAAAAAGAAUCAUAAUGGGAAUUUAUUAAACUUAGCGAACAAACAAAAAAAAACUUAGUAAAGAUACCAUAAAAAUUAGCAUGCCAACGUGCGCAAAUAAGAACUAAAUAAAUAAUAAUUAUUUAAAAUUUAUUACCAAAUACAAAUAGUUUGAAAAUAAUGCGAAGCAAGUAGUGAAAAUCAUACAAUAUAUAAGCAAGCGCGAAUUUGUAGCAAGACGAGCAAGUAUAUUAGAGCUGUAGUAGAGAAUAACGGGAAAAAAUUGGGAAAUAUUUUUUCCACAGUUUGUAAUAAUAAAAAAACAAAAACAAGUUCCAAAAAACGUUGAGAUUACAAGCCUUAAAGUUCCACAAUAUCAAUUAAAUAACACAGAAGAACUAAACACAAAGAAAAAUAUACAAAAAAUUUGGCAAAAUAUGUAUGUAUAUGUCAAAGCAGGGCUAAAAGCAUAAAGAGCGUAAGAAAAAUAGGAGCUAAGAUACACGAAAAGCUGGUUUGCAAGACCUAGAUAUGCAGAUAACGAGCGACGUUGCACAAAUGCGUGAGCAGACCGUCUAGAAAAAUAAUAAAAGCUUAUAAAGAAGUAUGAAAGAAAAUGUGAAAUGGCUGUAGAAACUUCAUAAAACUUUAUAGCAGCACUCAGGCGACAAAAAAAGCAUAAAGUCAAGCGUUCCGAAAUUGUUUCUAAAGAUCGCUGAAUGAGCAUGACACUUCAAAAUAUGACUUUAAGCGGCUGAACGAAAGCUCUUUCUGCCAAUUGUGUAGCAGUUUUGAAAAAAAAAAUAUUUUAAAAUUUAAAAAUGGGUUUCAUAGGAAAAUGUAAAUCACGCUAACUCACAAGUCAACGCGAUAUUUGAAAAUGAUGGUACAAUAUUAACAAAAAGCGUUGAAUUCGGUAAAUUUCUGUAAAAACAAACGUAAGAUGAUCGCAGGUUGAUAUAGCCUUUGAACUUGCCUCGGAAUAAUUAGUUUUCUACGCGGCCAUCAUAUAUGAAAUAACGAACCACUUCAUCUGGUAACAAGGCAAAAGAUAA